CUGAAAACUAAUGGGAAACUAGAGUCACAUCAUCGUUUGGAUUCCAGACGGCAGAUCAACCCAUACACAACAGAAACUGGGUCGACAAACAUGGCAGUGGCACAUAACCGAUAUUUUUUAGUCACAUUUUUUCUUUGCAACCUGGCUGUGGUGCUUUCAGACAGCACUGUGUCUUGUUACAGGAUUGAGCCAGGGACAAUAGCAGGCAUCAUUUGUGCAGACAUAUUGCUGACCCUUAUCAUUGUCAUUGUGACCUACCGAUGUGCAAGCUUUCGGCGUCAGAAGAUAGAAAAUGCUAACAAAGUGUAUAUGAAUGUCCGGGCCAACUGCAAGACCUAAUCUACAGCCGGUGCUUUACAUGUUAACUUUAGCUCCUGCCUCUUCAUAAAUAUAAUACACCAUGUCAUAAAAGAUUAACUAAAUGUACAAGUAUCUGUACAAGUGUCUUGCACCUUAAAUUUCUGCUCAGUUUCAUACAACAAACACAGGCAUAACCCUUCCUAAAAACUACCUAAGAAAAGAAAAACUCAGUUAAAGCUUAGGAAAACCUUAUAAAGAGCCUUUAACAUUUAGUCACAAUGUGUGUUUGUGCUCUUUAUAUCUCUGCCUGUGACUAUUUUGUAAAAUCUAAUAAUAAAUAAGGAUUGUGCCAGGUUGUUAAAAGGAAAACUGAAGUGAGUAAAUCAAAGUCACCAACCUCCCUGUAAGCAUAUCAUACAGCACCCUCUAUAGGUGAAUUUUGGUGGCAAAAUGUCCAUACUGUAUUUUAACAAGUCCUGGGGUGUGUUUUUUUAGUGACUUUGUGAUUUUCCAGUGUCUCUCUGACAAACCACUGAGUGGACAGCGUAGAAAGAGAAAUGGUGACAAAGAGUAUUCAGCACAUUAAUAAAUAAAACAAAUCAGUUUUUCAGUGGUGAAUAAAUGCUAUUUUUAAUCAAAUGUGCUUCUGUGUUAGCUUGGUUUGUCCACGUCCUUGUUCUCUAUGUCUAUAAGAUUAUAAAGCUUUUCCUUAGAAAUACAUCUUCUGAUCUAUGUUAUCAUGCUGUGCAAGAGUUGUGCAAAGCGCUGACUCCCACAGGAGAUCUGGUUAGAUUAGGGCAGUUGUGUGCUGUGGUGACUGUGUCUGCUGUCGUUAUGUCAAACAAUACCCGUUGAUAAAGACCACGUGUCUGUGAUAUCUGAUUUACCUGCUCGGUGCACAGUGUCGUUUCAUCUCUAACUGAAGGUAGGCUGUUUAUGCAGUGAAAGCAGUAUUGAACGGAUAAUCCAGACUGACCUUUUUUGUCUGAGAUGCCAGUCAGGGUAUUGGAUUGAUUUAUAGCUAAAUUUUCUCUUCUUGCCUUCAUAAAAUAUGGGACUUUGUUUUAGGAAGGUUGUGCAUGAGAAAUUUUCCUUGAGUUCAAGUUGGUUAAUACAAUUUGAGUUCCUAUUUAAAAAUAAAUAUAUAUUUCCUUUCUCUUAUCAUCAGUCCCUAUAAACUGUGGAGUGUAUCACUUUAUCACUUUCUUUCAUCUUUUGCGAAAGACACCCACAGUUUACUGUGAAAUCCAGCAAUCGAACCUAACCAGUUUGGUUUUAUGAAUGAUACUGAACACAUUUUCUUAACUUGUUAACUCCCACUAAUUCUUUAUUAAUAUUCUUUAGAUAUUAAUAAGAACAUCAUUUGCAUUGGCAGGUUAU